AUGACUAACAUAUUACCUGCAUUAAAAAACCUUUUGAGUCAUUCAAGUGAAAUAAGAACAGCUGAUGUGGAACGCAUCGCUAUUGGACAAUUUGGUAAUAUUGGUUCAAUUUAUAAUAGUUAUCAAGAUGAAAUAUUAGGUAAUGUACAUAAUAAUAUGAAAGCAAAGACAGUUAUAUCAAAUGACUUAGUAAUGUGUAAAUUAUACCAUGGUCGUACAUACCAAACUCAAAAUUUGCUCGAAAUGGUUGGUAUUGAUCGACAAUUACGUCUUAGUAUUAUUUUACAGAUUGUACAACCAAAGGGUAUAGCUUCCAUUAUCAAUUAUCCACGAUCUAUCGAUACAUAUACUCGUUUUUUGUACUUUCGUUAUCAAUCUUCAAUAGAAUCAUGUCAUACAGAUCUAAUUAAAAGGCAAAAACUAGAUACAUCAUUUAAGUCAGACCCACGUGCAACACAUGUUAUAACUAAAAUUAUUCGUGGUAUCCAUGCCGUUGUUAUUAUACAACUACCACACGAUGAACAAGCUGAAAUUGAUAUUUUAUUAGAACGAAUACGUGCAAGUUUAGAACACAAAGAAAACAAUAUUCUAAUGACAUUGAAAGAUCGAGAUCUACUUAGCCGUAUUAUUUCUACAACAGUCUAUUCAAAUAUAUGUACUUUGUCUGAAAUAACUAAUGUAUACGAUAUAUGGCAGAAAAUCUUACAAAUACGAGAUAAGACUAAUGAACAUUCUGAUUUAGUUUAUAUUCUUAGUUCUAUUCAACAAAUCAAUCUUGAAAACACGGACAAUAAUGUAAACAAUACAACACUAACAGAGCAUGAUAUCGAAAAUUUUGAAAAUAGCUUGCUACAAAAAUUAUCGAAAUUAAGAGUUUUGAACGUACGUAUAAAUCAUGAAUUACCCGAGUUACUACAAGAUAAAUUAGAAGAACCUUUAACAGUUGCUCGACAAAGUUUCUUAGAAAUAAAAAAUUUAUAUAAUAAUGUCAUGCAACAAAUUGGAAAUCUAUUUGUACGUUUACGAAAAAACGAAGUUGAAAUAAAUUCUGUUACCGAAAUAUUAAAUUCCGAUGUUCAAGAUACAAUUGAUGCGAGCACACGUCGUCUGACUGAUAUUUCAGAUGAUCUUAAAUUUAAAGGAAAUUUAAUUAAACAACUUGAAAACACAGGAUUUGAAUAUUAUGAUGCUGCUAAAUUAGGACUUACCGAAAAUUCUAAUGAACAAUUCGUUCAAGAUUUACUCUUAAAAAACAAUUACAAUAAACUAUUUUUUUGUGCCACUGAUCAUCUAAAACAACAAUCAUCAAAACAAUGGGAUACCCUUUAUUCUCAAAUGAUCAAACAGCGACAAGAAAAUUCUGAAUUGGCCAUAAUCUAUGCAGAUUUUACGUACACUAAAUGGAAUUUAAAAGAGAUGAUAAUUUUACCUUCAAAACAGCAAACAAUCAAUAUACCUCAAUCAAAUGAUGAAUAUAUUAAUAUUCUUCUUCUCGGUGAAUCAGGUGUUGGAAAAUCAACAUUUAUUAAUGCUUUCGCUAAUUAUCUUCGUUAUGACACUCUCAACCAAGCUGAAUCUAGUAAACCAUAUGUUAUAAUUCCUGUUUCAUUUGUCAUGACAAUUAAUGAUGAAUACGAUGAAGAAAUUGUUAACUUUGGUGAUGUAGAUUCCAAUGAAGAUCAUAAUAAUUCAGGUCAAUCCGUUACUCAACAAUGUCGAUCAUAUGUUUUUAAACUUUCUAAUGAAAAAAAAUUACGAAUUAUUGAUACGCCUGGUUUUGGAGAUACAAGAAUUGAUAAUCAAGAUAAUGUUAAUAUGAAAAUAAUAUUUUCAUUCAUUAAUCAUAUACCAUAUUUAAAUAGUAUAUGUUUUUUAUUUAAACCAAAUGUUAAACAAUUAAAUCGGUUUUUAUAUUCAUGUUAUAAACAAUUAUUUGAAUUUUUUGGUGAAAAUAUUCGUGAUCAUUUCAUUUUUUGUUUUACCAAUGCUCGAUCAACUUUCUUUGCUCCAGGUGAUACUCGACCAUUGUUACAAUCAUUCUUUAAUUCAUUUCCUAUUAAAAAUAUACCAUUUGGAAAGAAAAAUACAUUUUGUUUUGAUAGUGAAGCAUUUCGAUAUUUAGUUGCUUUACAAAGAUCUUUAGUUUUUAAAGAAAUUGAAAGAGAUGAAUUUGAAAAAAGUUGGAUACGAUCAGUGGCAGAAGCUCAACGAUUUAGAAAUUAUCUUUGCAAUGAUCUUCGUUCAUAUCGUAAGAAUAUUGAAUGGCAAUCAGUACAAGAAAUUCAAUUUCAAAUCAAUUCUAUAAUUCGUCCAAUAUUAGAAGCAAUACGAAAUAUUCUUCGAAAUAUUUUGUUAUUUGAUGUGAACUCAUAUAUUAAACUCAAACCAGUUAAAGUCAAUGAAGAUUCCGUUAUCUGUUAUUCAUAUGAACGUCAAAGACAACAAUUUGGUCAAUGUUGGAUUUUAUUGGAUCAUCUACAUUCAUUAUCAAAUCAGUGUUCAUUAGAUCAACAUAGUUCAGUUGCAUAUAGAUUGGGAUAUGAAUAUGUUAACGAUCGAAUAAAUGAAUCAUUAGUUGAUUUGAAUCAGCAACGAACUACUCUAUGCAAAGUAUCUGCAGAAUUGGCUUGUUUUCUAACAGCGUCUCAAUUAAAUCAAGAGGACCCAUUUUUAUCUGGUUUAAUUAGAAUGAUCACAGAAGAAAAUAUGAUUUGCCAAAAAGAAAAUCAAAAUCAUAUAAAUCAAAAAUUAAUGAUUGAACUAGAGAAGUUUAAAAAUGAAUAUCAAAAUUUCAAUGCGAAAUAUUCCAAGAAAAAGAAUAAACCGUUGUCUGAUAUUUACGAAUUAAUCAAAUCAGUUAAUGAAAUAUCUAUGGUUAAAAAACAACUUCAUGCCAUUAGAAAGCAUCAUAAAUCCUUAUUAACAGCUACUGAACAAAAUUUCUAUGAAGAGUCAACUGAUUUUUAA